GUUAACAUGUCCAGCUGUGACAGGACAGGACAGUAGAGGCUGUAGUGCUUAAUAGCGAUGUCUACCUUAGCAUAGCAUACCAUAUACUUACUGUGCACUAUGCGACCAUAAGUAUGUGGACACCCUUCUAAUUAGAGCUUUCAGAUGCAUAAAAUCUAACAUACAGCCCUGCAGCUACUAUGGUAAAUACACGUUUCCAGUAGAAUGAGUCGUACUGAAGAGCUCACCGACUUUUAACGUGUCACUGUCCUCUGUGUUGUGCUGCAACAUUCAUCACCAAGUUCCACACUGUGUCUGCAAGCAACAUCUGCAGCAUAACGGUUUGACAGGAGCUUUGUGACGUGGGGAUGGAUAUGUUUCCUUAUCCAAACAGUGAUGUACGAGCCUAAGAUCACUAUGCACAAUACUAAGCACACUGCUAUUGAACUGUGAAGCAGUGGAAUUGUGUUGUUUGAAUUGAGCUGUUUGUGGCAGAUGCCUGGAGAAUGCAUAGUUCCACCUGUAGAGUUUGGUGAAGGAGGAAUGGUGGACUGGGCCUGUUGGUGCUGCUGUGUGGUUUAGGCUAGACUGAACCCAGCACAAGGGAAACUAUAUUCCUCCAUCUUACUAACAUAUGUAAAUGGUCCCUGUCACAGUGCAUCUGAUUUGCAUCAAGUGCUGCCUAAUAAGACCUGAUGCUGGGUUGUUUUGACACUGCAUCGCUGCUGAAUUUGGAAUAUUGGUUGAAGAGAGGACACUUUGAAGACGCUUUUGGGACAUUAGACAGGAAGCCCAGUCCUUGGUGUAAAGCCCUGCUGAGGGGGUGUUUGUUUCUAGUGGUGGGUGGAGCACUUCUGUCCAGCAGCCAUGUCGGGCUUCAAUCUGCUGCAUCUAAUAACCAAGAGUCAGCCUGUAACUCUGAGGUCCUGCAGUCUUCCCUCAGGAGCACGCAGGACUAAGAAGACAUGGCCAGUGAGCUUCCCUCAGGAGGAGUUGAGGAAACGCCUCACACCUAUGCAGUACCAUGUCACCCAGGAAAGAGGAACUGAGAGUGCGUUCACUGGUGAGUUCACACAUCACAAGGAUGAAGGGAUCUACACUUGCGUUGUCUGCGGGACCCAGCUGUUCAUCUCGAGCACUAAAUUUGACUCAGGAUCAGGCUGGCCAUCCUUCUUUGACCUGGUGAAGGAGGAGUCUAUAACCCUGUCAGAUGACUUCUCCUAUGGGAUGCACAGAGUGGAGACCACCUGCAGCCAGUGUGGAGCUCAUCUGGGACAUCUGUUUGACGAUGGACCGAAACCCACGGGGAAACGCUACUGCAUUAACUCAGCCUCGCUGGCUUUCCAGCCCACCAAGACAGACUCCUCCACCUCCAGCUCCAGCCCCAGCUCCAGCUCUGCGGCUGAGUGUGGAGCUGCCAGCUGCUCAGUGAGUGAUGGGAAGACAGGUUAGAGACAGACUAGGGAACCACACCAGACUGACGACUGUGCCUAUGCAGGGAGAAAAGUUCACAUCAAUAAAAUAUGUAGGAGUUUUAUAGCAAAAGGAAGGAAGGUUCUCAGGCAUCAGACCCAGACCAAAUCCUCUGAUGUACAGCAGGGUCCAAAAGUCUGAGACCACAUUCAAAAUCUCUAAUAUUCUCACGUAAACCUGGAAAUAAUCAGAAACUCUGAGGAUUUCAUAUCAGGUAAAAUGAAGAAGAAAUAUUUCAGAUUCUGCUUUAUUUCUUGGUCAGCAGUCAAAUUUAAGCAAAUGCGCAUGGAGCUCUGAAACGCUUUGCUCAGACUGGAUCAGACAAUGAUUCCAAACACACCUCAAAGCUUUUGUAAGAACUACUUGAAGACCAAGGAGUCCCAGAGUCACCUGACCACCACCCCGCUGAACAUUUAUGGGGGGGGGGCACUUGCAGACUGAGGAGGUCAGGGAUUCUGUGACUCCACAAGAAACUGAUAUUAUCAUCUGUAAAACAAAUGCAGAAUAAACAUAUCUUGACAAACUGGUCUCAGACAUUUGGAUCUCAGUGUCAUCAAGCACAGAGGAAAGUGCAUGUUUUCCAAAACAGCCAUUUUUGUGGCCUGAGUAGAAGCUGCACGACACACUACAUACGCUGACUGCCUUAAAGCGAACUUUCAGUAUUUGUCAACCUGGGUGUUACUCUCAGAUUGUUCUCUGGUGGGAGUACUGGUCUUGAUAACAUUGUGUUCAUAGAGAUACGGGAAGCAGGAAGCGGCUGUGUGCUGUGGUAUGAACUAUGACCACGAACAUGGAACAAACAUAUAACAUCCAUGCUGACAAAUCAUAUUCUCCCUUUAAUUUCCUUUCGGUCUGGGUAGUAGCAUUUGGUCUGCCAAUUUAUACACAGAUGAAGGGCUGUGUUGUAGACACACACACACACACAAAUAUAUAUAUAUUAUUAUAUUAUUAUAUUGAAGUGAUAUUUGAUACUGAGAGGUUGAUUUAAUGAUAUUACCUAUGCAAGUGCCCCUGCCAGCAGUGACACAGGCAGUAACAGAGCUGUGACAGAUGGCAUCUUAUAGAGAACAAAUAAAGUGCUGUGGCCUUUAGGUCACAUCCUGUAUUUGUUCCUUCUUUAGUUCUUUGCAUUUGAAAAUACUGUUUUUGUUUUGUUUUUUUGGUUGUUCACAGCUUGCAUUGAAACAUUUCCGGAUGAAUAAAAUAUCUAGAAACAC